AUGGUUCUCAAUGUGAUCAGUGGAUAUAUGUUAACUAUGACUUUAACUCAACUUAAUCCAGCAGAUGAUGCUUCUAGAGGUAAUCAUAGUGAACGUUGGUUUAAAGGUCCAGAGUUUCUGUGCCAUGAGGAAGAUAACUGGCCUCAGGAGCCAUCAGUAGUAUACACGAAUGAAGAUUUAGAAAUUAAGAACUAUGUUGGGGUUAGUAAAUGUAGCAGUGAGAAAAGUCCCACCCAAAGGCUGCUACAAUAUUAUUCAUGCUGGCACAAGCUGAAGAAGGCUGUCGCAUGGUUACUACGCAUAAAGAAUGUUAUAAGGAAGUCGAAUGAUAGUGUUAAGUACAGGGCUUUUCUUAGUGUACAUGAAUUAGAAGAUGCAGAAAACGCAGCAAUUAGAUUGGUUCAACAGGAAUUAUUUCAUGAAGAGAUAAGUGGCAGGCUUACAAAGUCUCCUUCAAGACAUGAUAAAAAGCAUCCAUUUAUCUUACCAAGUAAACACCAUAUUACAGAUAUGAUUAUGAGAGAUUGCCAUGCGAGAGUUGAACACCAAGGGCGUGAACAUGAAUUCACCGAAACCAAUUCGGUUAUCAAGAGUUGUAUUAAGUGUCCCAAGUACCACGACCUGGUAGUACAGCAACAGAUGGCAGACCUUCCAGAGGAUAGAAUCUCUACUAAACAACGACCUUUCACUACAACUGGUGUGGAUUGUCUUGGUCCAUUUUAUACCAGGAAGGCCAGAUCUCAGGUGAAGCGUUAUGGUGUAAUAUUUAUAAGCUUAACCGUAAGAGCAGUGCACGUAGAAAUUGCAGAAUCAUUGUCCACAGACUCAUUUAUCAAUGUUUUAAGAAGAUUUAUAGCUAGACGAGAACAAGUGAAAUCUCUAUAG